GGUCAGAGGUUGCAACCAUAGUUACGGACGCCAUUAUUUACACACAAGUAGGUUUAUCGCAGAUACGGCCAUCUCGGCGACAUUCAGGAGGAUACCCGCAUUUCACAUAGUCGCCUUUCAUUCUCAGAACUAUGGCAGCGUCCUUCGAAACCCCCUUCACCUACACGGCGACAGGUGACCUGGGCUGUCAGCGAGAUACCAUGCUAAAUAACGAGCUUCUGCUGAGGGAUCAGCUCGGCAGACCCAAGAGGCGUGGCUACCUCUCUGCUGAUGGUUUCACCUUUGGCAGGCCUAAUGAAAAACGUGACAACAGUGCUGGCGAUGCUCUGCGUGGAUGGAGCGGCACCACCUCAUCCUUGCCCUUCCACCACCAGGAGAAGAAGGCAGAGAGAGACUUCAUGUCCUUGAACCGAGCUGCAGUACAGGCAGGGCUAGUCACAGCACCGGAGCACUACGAGUUCCGUGCUACUCAUGAUGUGAGAAGGCGUGCAUCAGGAGAGGAGAAAAAGAGGACACGAGUCCGGCGAAUUCCCCCAACCAUGGUGUUCGGCAUCUCUACAAGACCAUCAACACCUAUCUUCGACCUGUUAGAGCACAAGUACCAGGAUCGGUGGCAGCAACAGCGCCGACAGCAGGAGCUAGCCAAGAAGCAGGAGGACACUAAGAGGAGAAGCCACACUGCCCCACCUUUACGUAAACAACACUCCAGAGCAGUAUACAGCACCAGAGCCUCCCUCCUGAAGACGUACCAGAACCCCGUGGACCCAGCCCCACUCUGGCAGAUGCCCAGGUUCACCAGGAAUGCUCGUCCCCAUCUCCAGACAUUCCGCUCUGCACGUGACCGAGGGGAAGCGUUCACUCACUUCGAACAUGAUGGAAUUUCCAGGGAGGGAAACCUGGGACAUGGUGUAUACGAAACCGCCAAGUCCUAAAACGUCUAUAUUUUGUGAUAGCAUGGACCGAGUCAGUUACCUGUGAUGUUUCAUAUUUGCCCAUCAGUAUUCUUUGUGGCGCCAGAUAUUACAUGUCCAUGGGAUUGUUUGUUGAGUUCUGUGUACUAUUUAUUUUCAUUAUGUGUUUCAAGAUGUGUCUGUGCUUUCACACUUAAGCAUUGCUUGUAUGUCAGUACAUGAAGGAUUUUAUAAGAAGUUGUAUAACAUUUCCAGGUAUAUAAGUGUGGUUUAACUCAGUGGUAUUUUACGGUAUCUUCAUCUGUUUUCAUGGUGAUACAAGGACAUGUUGAUGUUUCGUUUUCGAUUCAACAUGUCUGCAACUGUUAUAUUUUAUGUCAGGGGUAGGUUUUCUAACAGAUAAACAGUUUGGAAAUGUAUAACCUCUGACAGGUUUGAAUGUUAAUCUUGCACUUUCACAAAAAGACGCUGUUACACUUUACACUACAAUACAGUUUCAAUGAGACAUUGUUAGAGUUACACAAAGAUAUUGAGGCAUUGUUAGAGUUUCAUGAAGAACAUGUUUGUGUCUACCAAGGAUUCCUUGUCUAGGUGGUCAUCAUCAGGUAUUUGAUAUUUGCAUCUACAGUAUUUUUGGUAGAAUAUUUUCAGACACAGACACAUUUCCAGGCCGAUUGUGUGGCCGUCAUCUGUACAUACCUUCAUCUGUACGUUCAUUCAUACACCACUCUGUCAGCAGCGGGUAAACUUUAUCUGUCUCACAUGGCCUCAAGUCUGCAGUGUCGCGGACAACGCUAGUCGUGAACAAUAGCCAUCCUGUUUAUACACUUGUAUAGGGGAAACACUCUUUAGGAAUAUAAAUUAAGCUGGGUGUAUCUGUAUGAUAUGUUCCACCAUACCUAAUGUAACCAUUGUGAUCAUUCUCUCAUUUCCAUACAAAUACAACAAGUGAACCUUUCCCCAGUAUCUGCAAAACUGUCGGGCAUCCUCUGAGGUAGUGUUAUCGUGAACUGUGAUAUUUUUAGAAAUACUUUAUUUUACAUCAGUCUUUUGUCCAGACAGGCAUGUUCCCGGCACUAAAAUAUUGACUUUUUUAAAGCUGUUUUACUGUGAUUGGGCACAGGUGAACACUGUCUCAUUUACUGGUUUUGAUAUACUUGUUAGUUGUAUUCCAGGUAGUUGUGACUGCCGUGGUUAUAUACAUAAGGCUGCUUUACAGAUGUACAGAGAAUAUUUGUUGUAGUGAAUCUAGAGCUGUUUAUGAAUAAAUCUGUAUAUAUUUCAUCUUCA